AUGAACCGGAAGAUUCACCAACAAGCCGAGCAAUUAGAGACCAAGCUUCCUUACUUACAAACAGUCCUCAGCCGAAUGCUCCAAGAUCAUCGCUUCGACCCUCUGAGGGAAGCUCGACAGUCACAAUCCACCGCCUCGAAGAUCCCCUUGGUCUCACCGUGCUUCAUGAGCCGGAAUUACUUCCUGCUCUAG